AUGGGCAACGAACAAUCGCAUGAGUCUGCAUCGGGCUCUGGAGGGGAGGGUGAGGAAGCGGAGCGCUUCGACCUGUCGGCGAUUGAGGACACACGACGCAGUCACAGGCUCAGUCCACCGCCACCACCGACGUUAGCGGGCUCUCCGCAGCAGACUGACCCUUCACGGCGCAAAAGGCGGAAAAAGCGAGAUUCUCAGGCGCAAGAGGCGCAGGGGCAUUCUAGCAGUGGUUUUGAUGGGUUGCACCGAAGUGGCGGUGGUCAAGAGGCGGCAGAGGCUAGCGAAGCAUACGAGGAACCUCGACCGCGUUCCAAUCAGACAGUGGAGGUGCGAAUACCUCUAACGCAACCCAUUGAAGCGCGGACAGCGCUUUCAACCCCUCCAGCACGACACGAACGAGCGACAGCGGCGCGAACAGCGCACACAGAACCUCUGCCAGAACUUGAACGAGGGACAGAGCUGCCGCAGGCUCAAUCGCGACCAUCACCACGAACCCUACGAGCGACCGAGGUGCGCAAGGCCCAGCAGAAGCCACGAGCUAACAGCAGCAAGAAGAGAAGGGGCACACGCAGAGUUGCUCCUGACGAGUCCAGUUCCGACGCAGAACCAGUUCCAUAUAUCGUUGGCUCGGAAAAUGAACCUCCACCGGAGCCGGAAGCCGAGCUGGACGAUGCUACGAGGCUUGCGGAAGAGAUUCUGAUCAAGGAGGCUGCACGAAGGGUGCGUGAACGAGAGCCAGAAAUGUUUAGUGAAUAUGCCAUGUCAGACGAGAGCGAUGUUGAGAUCGCCGAGGUACCCAUCGAAGACGCGGUCGAGGAACUUGCAGAGGCAGAAGAACAAGACGAGACUGCAUCGGAGACGAAUGAGCCUGUUGUGCACGACUCGGAGCCUGAUCAUCAGCAAGAGGAGUCGUCAGAAGAAGAGCAAUCAGACUCCGAAGAUGCGGAUGACGAGUUUACGGGUCAGGUCCAGGAUGUUGCUGCAGCCGAAGAAAUCCUGCAGACUGUGGCGGAGGACGUCGCAGAUGCGCAUGAGCCCAAUAUCCAAGCACUGCCCGAAGAUGAGCCAUCCACAGACGAAGAGGCCCAGCAGGAGGACAUCGAUAUGAACGACGACGCUGUCGAGCUUGAUCCUGGCCCAGAAGAACCAGUUGACCAUACCACAACCUCAGCCUCGAAUGGUGGCUUCGAUACUGCUCCAGAAACAGAACUCAUCAAGGAGACACCUGUCGCAAGAUCCCUGAAACGAAAGCAUGGCUUUAGCAGCCCAGCAAAGAAGGUAUACAGUCUCAAAAAGCGCAGGAGGGAGACACCAGCAUCACCCAACACACAGGUCGAUAGCGACGACGAUGAGACCUUCGUCAAGCCUCAAAGGCGAUCGCAGCCAGCAAAGAGACAGCGACAGAGCAGCAUGGACUUGUUUGCGCAGCCAUAUACGAAAGAGUCUGGUCUUCGUCAUCCUGUCUAUCAUCCAGAGGCUCCAAAGCCUGCUCCUCGCAUGCGAGUCGAGGUUGUCGUUCCGUUGUUUCCUCCUGAAUCGCUUAGGCAGCCCCAAAACUCGAUUGCGUCGUUAGAAAGCUCCAGAUCAGGACUCAAGCAACGUAACAAAAGUUCGCAUCAGCAAAAUAGUGAAGGACAACGAGGUGAUCUUUGGGAUGUGACCAAUCAACCGGACAGAUCACGUGCACGGGGCUCGACUAAAAAGGGGAUAGCGCGGACAAUUGCAAAAAGGUGGCUGGGGCAGGAGCCGGAUGACAGCUCAACCUCGUCUUCCGGUUCAACCACUGACUUCAUCGACAGCUCUGACAACGAACAACAAUUUAUCUUCAACUCGCCAAAAUCAAAGAAACGACAAUCGAAAGGCAAAGGUUGCGCAAUGUCUAACGUUGCAGAUGUUCCUGUCGAUGACGCGCCGCCCGAAACUAAUGGACACGCGCUUGUAAGCUCAGAUUUCGGUGACGCGUCAACCGGUAACAUCAAGAACUCUAGCAAAAAACGUCUCUCGCGCGGUGAAGGCGAAUUUCGCUGCCCGACCUGCAACGUCAGAUAUGCAUCUCAGAAGACUCUCAACCACCACAUGAAGAGCCCCGAUGUCCACGCCAAUCUCUUCGACUGCCAAGAUUGCGACGAGAGAUUCCUGACAAAAGCUGGCUUGGAGCGUCAUGCCAAGGAGAAAGGCCACGAAGGAGCCAAAGCACAGGGCGUAUCAGGCAAGUUCUCUGUCGAGGAACGCGCCGCCAUCGCUCGCUGGAGAGAUGACUUCUGCAAAUACCACGGCAUCAACCUGUACGAGUUCAACGACAUGAUGACCGCUUCAUGUCGCAAAGGCAACGAAGCUUGGUCGUACAACCGGUUCACCACCAAGGAGGCUUUCCUGCAGGAGUACUACGAUGUUCUGCCUGAGCGCGACCAAAGAGCCAUGCGACGUUACCGCACCAACUUCCAAAAUGUCGACCUCAGUAACCAGUGGAGUGCCCAGGAUGACCAAGAAAUGAGACGCCUCGUCGGCGAGCUUGGCCAGAAGUGGUUGGAGAUUGGCGAAAAACUCACUCGCGAUCCGGAAGCUUGCCGUCAGCGCUGGCGCACCAAGUUGGCACUUGGCGAUAAGCAGAACAAUGGUGAAUGGUCUACUGAGGAGAAGCAGCGCUUCGAUGAUGCAAUUGUCGAGAUUCAGAAGCUACGAGAGGAAGACAAGGAAGUCAAUGUCGAGACCUUCAAUUGGGCGGCAGUCAGUCAGAGGGUCGAGACGCCCUCUGCAGGAAAGGCGAAGCCGAGAGUCACGCCGGGCAAGUCGAGAAUGGCCAGUCGCUUAUCUGGUACACCUGGAAAGGCUGGGAAGAAGCUCUCCACAGAGCGUGUCGAAGACUCUGACAACGAAGUCGGUGAUGACACCAAAGAAAAUGUGGACGAGCCCACACAACCCGAAGCUGAGCAGAACGAGAAGGACGACGAAGCUUUCGCGCCACGAUUCGUCGCUGUCAAUGCCGAAUCGGAAUACCCCCCACCCGAAGGCGAAGACGAUCCGUCGCAACAGCCCAAGAGGCCAGCGCUCUCUCGCACCAAGACCCCAACACAACGCAUGACGGCCACCCAAGCCUUCGACGCCACCCAAGCCGACACCUCCGCCCUCCGUAGCUCCGGUCGCCGCAAGCGAAAUGCGACACCAUCGCAAGAGCAGCCGUCGCCGGGUAUACCAUUGCAGCACCGCCCUAGUCCGAGCCCAGAGUUUCGUGGAAAGCUGAGUGCGAUUCUGGAUGACCCUUCCAACACCGCGCAGUCGGCUUAUGGUCCUAUCAAGAGCUCGGGCGCACCCGCGACCUCUGAUGCAGUGCAAUCUUCAUAUCCAACUCUGCCCGAUACGCAGGCCGAGGUCGAGUCGAGCCUUCCUGUGCCUGUCCGCCAGUCCAAGCGUAGGAGAAUCUCGGACAACUCUCCCCAACAGGUACAGCCUGCCGCCGAAAUUGAGGAGGGGCAAACUGACGAAGCCGCAGCAUCGUCAGACAAACUGAAGGACAUCUUCGAGAAGCACUCCCGUAAAGCGAAAGCCCAAGCGCCAGCCAAGCCAAAGAACAAGCGCAGACGGAUCAACUUUCUGGAGAGCGAUGAGGAGGAUGAGGCUGAUGGUGGUGAGAUUGCGCUACCUGCUUGA